CUUUGGUCUCUGCUUUGCGUUUUUGGGCUUCAGCCACACGUGGACUGUUUCCAUUGACUUUUCCAUUGACUUUUCCACUGAACCGAAGUCCUCGACAAAGCAAACCAACCAACCGGACCAACGAAGCCGACUCAAGCACAGCACUCAACGAUAGAAUCCAAAAAAGCAACACUAUGGCGCUGCAUGUCGACGGCGCUGCUCGGUUUGCGUUUGACGCGCUGCCUGGCGUGGAAGCGAUUCUCGCCCACCUAACCUCAACUCCAGCCAAUCUGGCCUCCACUACCACUUCCACUCGUCCUGCUGAUGCAAGCACUCGCCAUCAUCGUCAUCACCAGGCAAUGUCGGGCGACGUCGCGAUGAUGGCCAAUGCCGCUGCAGUGCAUCCUCGCCAAGCCGAGCUCGACGCGGCGAUCGCGACCUUGACCACCGCAGUCAACACAUGGCGCACAGUGCAACAGUCGCGCCGGACGGACGCAGCGAGCGCACAGAAGAGCAGUCACACCAGCAAGCAAUCCAACGAUGAUGGUGUCACGCCGGUUCACAUUGUCAAGGACGUGCUCAACGCGCUCGUGGCGCUGCUGCUGUUGCCGUCGUGCACGCUGCUGAUCGCGCAGCACUUCCGGCCAGUCCUCGUGGACUUGGUCGAGCGCGCAGCUGCGUCCACACGCACAUUCAUGAUGAUGAUGAUGCCGUCUGCUGCAGCAGAUGCCCUGGCUGGCUCGGGUGCGCGGAGGCUCUCGCCAUGGAGCAGGCACGAGCAGACGGGCAUUGCGUUCAGCCAGCUGCUGAUGCUCCAGCCAUCGCUGUUGCCCGCCGUGCUCGACUACUACCGCACUGCACCGUCGUACUUUGUGCGACUAUUGCACGCAGGCUCAUCCCCGAGUGACGCCGAGCAGAAUGAGAAUGAUGCUGCUGCUGCUGCUGCUGAUUUGUGUGCGUUGCUGGCAGCCGCCCACCGCUUUCUGCGAUUCGAUGCGUCGGCAUUCCGAAAUCUCUGGGACUGGAGCCCAGUGUUUGGCUUGCUGACAAGCAGGCAUCCAGAGACGCUGUUUCACGCGACCUGCAUCAAUGCGCUGAUUGCCUCGCACGAUGACCUCGCGCUUGCCUUCCCCUCGGACGACCUUGGCACACAGCUCUUGCUGCAAACGCACUUGCACGAUGCAGAACUGUGCGCCAUCGACCAGGCGGCGGUCAACACGGCAGCGUCUGCUGUGGCCCACUCUUCCUCAUCAUCGUCCUCCUCGUCGUCAACUUCUGCCCCAUUACAGCUGCUCGUCACUGGAGCACAUCUCUCAUCCUCCCUUGUUGACAUUUGCUCCAUCAUUUUGCGACGAAACUCGCCUGCCGAGAGCGAGGACUUGCCAUCAGCUCGGUUGCUCGACACAACAACAACAACCGACCCAGCCUCUCACUCUUCAUCAGCCAACACAACGCUUGUUGCGACGCGCACAACCGCGCGAAACCUUCGCACUGUCGCCCUUGCAGUAUCACAACGCGUCCCAGUUCUCCUCGAGGGCCCCAUUGGUUGCGGCAAAACGGCCGUCAUCACCCGCUUGGCCGAGCUCACCGGCCGCACGCGCGAGUGCGACUUGAUUCGAAUCCACCUGGGCGAUCAAGCAGACAGCAAAACUCUGCUGGGCACGUACAUGUGCACCGAAACACCUGGUGAGUUCCGAUGGCAGCCAGGCGCGUUGGCACAGGCGGUGGAACAAGGUCGGUGGCUUGUGAUUGAAGACAUCAACCUGGCUCCGCUCGAUGUGCUUUCGGUCCUCAUUCCGCUGCUUGAAAAGCGUCAGCUGUUCAUUCCUGGGCGUGGCGAGGUGCUUGCCGCUGCUCCUGGAUUCCAACUCUUUGCCACCCGUACUACCGCCACGCCGAGCGCAACAACGGCCGUGUCUGCCGACCCCGCUACGGACGACCACGACGACGACACACUCCUAGCUAGCAGUUCCGGCAGGACCUCGACAGCAAUGGGCGAUGCGCUUUGGAGCAAGGUUCGCUGUCUUCCACUCGGCACGGAGGAGCUUCGCUCCGUCUUGUCCAUCAAGUUUCCUGCCUUGCAGUACAUUCUCGACACGCUCAUGGACGUGUACGUCACCAUGGUUGUGCGACCAGCGAGCUCGUCAAGCGCGAGUGCUGCUGGCGUCACCGCGUUACCCUCAUCCUCAUCCUCUCGCCCGCUUUCGUUGCGCGACUUGAUGAAGUGGUGCACUCGCUUGUCGGCCCUGCAAGCGCGCAAGUCAGAGGCGCAACUCACCUUGUCACGCGAGGAGAUUUUUAGUGAAGCAGUCGAUUGCUUUUGUCUCAUGACUGCCAAUCCCGAUCGCCGACUCGCACUUCUCCGAGCUGUUGGCACUGCCAUCGGCCUCUCGAAAGAGAGUGUCAAGUACUAUGUCGAGUCGUUCAAACCCGCCGUCCAGCAAACAGCCGCAGUGUUUUCGGUCGGGCGCGCCUUGCUUCCCGUGCUGCCCCCUGUGCCGGGCGCGCAGCAGACCUUUUAUGCAACGUCACGCUUUGCCUUUACGCGCCAUGCGCUCAAGCUUCUCGAAAGCAUUGCGUCGUGCGUGUCUGCAAACGAACCCGUCCUCCUCUCGGGCGAGACGGGUACUGGCAAAACCUCCGUUGUUCAGUUCCUCUCCGAGCAGCUUGGGCAACGUCUGUCUGUGCUCAACAUGAGUCAGCAGAGCGAUUCAUCCGAUUUACUGGGUGGCUUCAAGCCCGUCGAUGUGCAUGUGCUCUGUGCCCCGCUCAAGGAGCAGUUUGACCUGAUCUUCCCGCAAACCUUCUCGCGCAAAGCAAACGCCAAGUUUAUUGCCAAGGUUUCUGCAGUGUUUGCGGCCAAAGACUGGGACAAGCUCCUCAGUCUUCUUUCCAGCGCCGUCCAAAUGGCACAAGCAAAGAUGGACAAGGAGAAUGGCGACCGCGAGUCCGGCACCAGCGAUAUCGCUCUGCCUGCACGCAUCUUCACCCCUCAGCUUCGCACUCAGUGGACUGCAUUCACCCAUGCCGUGACCAAGUUUGAAAAGCAGCGAGAGCAACUUCGUCAAGGCAGCUUUGCUUUUGACUUUGUGGAAGGCACGCUGGCUGAGGCUGUGCGCUCGGGUCAAUGGGUGCUCCUCGAUGAGAUCAACCUGGCCAAUCCUGAAACACUCGAGUGUCUCAAUGGUCUGCUUGAUGGCGAGCACGGCAGCCUCACCCUGACGGAGCGAGGCGAUCUCGAGCCCAUCCCGCGCCAUCCCAACUUUCGCUUGUUUGCCUGCAUGAACCCAGCCACCGACGUUGGCAAGCGCGACUUGCCUCCGGGCUUCCGCAACCGCUUUACCGAACUCUACGUCGACGAUGUCACCGACAAGGAGGACCUGACCACCGUGGUCGGCAGCUACCUGAAGUCCAUUCCCUCCAUUUCUCCCAAGCUGAUUGACGACACGGUCGCCUUUUACCUCUCCGUCCGCCGAGAGACGGCGGCCACGCUGGCGGAUGGCUCUGCUCAGCGACCACACUUUAGCUUGCGCACGCUGUGCCGAGCGCUGGAGCACGCCAAGUCCGUUCUGCCCAUUUAUGGCUUGCAGCGCUCCUUGUACGAGGGCUUUUGCAUGAGCUUUUUGACUCAACUCGGCCGCACCAGCUUCCUUGCCGUGCACGCGCUCAUUGAGCGGGCAUUCGUCACUGGCGCACUGGGCGCUGGCCAAGCCGCCUCUGGCUUGCCCUCGUCGUACUCGUCCGCGACAGCGUCCACCACAGCCGUGGCCGCGUUCACGCGCGUCCCCGCAGAGCCCACUCCGCUCGGGUCGCAUGUUUUGGUGGAAGGGUUUUGGGUUGAACGCGGCACAGAGCCCCUGCCCACUGGUCCGUUGCCCUACAUUAUCACUCCUUCCAUUCGCGAUAAUCUGCGCUGCCUUGCCCGCAUUGCCACGACCCGUCGGCACCCCGUGCUCAUCCAAGGCCCAACCUCGAGUGGCAAGACCAGUAUGGUCGAAUACCUGGCCAUGUUGACGGGCCACCGAUUUGUCCGCAUCAACAACCACGAGCACACUGAUUUGCAAGAGUAUCUCGGCAGCUAUGUCUCCGACGAGAAUGGCCAGCUCCGCUUCCACGAAGGUGUCCUUGUGGAGGCUGUGCGCAAGGGCUACUGGAUUGUCUUGGACGAGCUCAACUUGGCGCCCUCGGAUGUGCUCGAGGCUCUCAACCGCCUUCUUGACGACAAUCGCGAGCUCUAUCUCACCGAGACGCAAGAAACCGUUCGGCCCCACCCGCACUUUAUGCUCUUUGCCACCCAAAAUCCUCCGGGUCUCUAUGGUGGUCGCAAGGCACUCUCUCGUGCCUUCCGCAACCGUUUUGUGGAACUGCACUUUGACGACAUUCCCGACACGGAGCUGGAGACCAUUCUGUCUUCCCGCUGCGCCAUCCCGCCAUCCUACUGCACCAAACUGGUGGCCAUCCUGCGCGAUCUCCAAAAGCAGCGCCAAGGGACGAACGUUUUUGCGGGCAAGCAGGGCUUUAUCACCCUUCGUGAUCUCUUUCGCUGGGCAAACCGCCACCCGAACGGCUAUCAGCAGUUAGCCGAGGAUGGUUACAUGAUUCUCGCCGAGCGCGUCCGCAAGCAAGACGAGAAGGAGCUGGUCAAGACUGUCUUGCAACGCCACUUGAACGUGACCAUCGAUUUGGAGCGCUUGUACUCUUGUGCCGCUCCGCGCUCACACCACAAUACAACCACCAAGCGCGGUAACGCGAGCGCUUUUGUCUCUGAAGACGAUCUGUACGGCUCGGCGCUCUUCCACGACAUGAUUGCCAGGCUGCAGGCUGAGAGCACCACAGACGCUGACGCAGCAGAUGAUCCGCUUCUCGAGUUCCGAGCCCUGGUUUGGACUCGUGCCAUGCGCCGCUUGUUUGUUCUUGUCGAACGCUGUUUGCGGAACAAGGAGCCGAUUCUGCUUGUUGGCGACACGGGCACAGGCAAGACAACCAUCCUGCAAGUGUUUGCUGGCAUUCUGCGGUCUCGCUUGCACAUUGUCAACUGCCAUCAACACACCGAAACGUCCGACUUUAUUGGUUCCUUGCGACCCGUCCGUGGCAAGGAGCAAGUGACCGCCACGCUGCACCAGUUGCUGGCAGCGUACUAUGCCACAUCAGCUGCUGCUGCUGGGGCAUCUGCUGACGCAGUGACCCAACCCCCUGCGUCCUGUGCCGAGCUAGUCCAAUGGUUUGAGACCCUCCAGGUGCCAUCCGACACUGCAGAGGUCCAGAGCAUCAUGCAGCUGAUUCCCGAGUACCGCGCCCUGUUUGCGUGGAGUGAUGGUCCGCUUGUUACGGCCAUGCGCAGCGGAGACAUGUUCCUCUUGGACGAAAUUUCACUUGCAGACGACUCUGUUCUCGAGCGCUUGAACAGUGUCCUCGAACCAGGACGUCUGCUCGUGCUGGCCGAAAAAGUGGGCGGCAACAACUCGAGUGACCGCACCACCGGAGGAAACGAGCAAGGUACUGCUGCUUCCGACCUGGACGUCGAGGAACUGGUCGCGCACGACGGCUUCCGCAUUGCCGCCACCAUGAAUCCCGGUGGCGAUUUCGGCAAGAAGGAACUCUCGCCUGCGUUGCGCAACCGUUUCACUGAAAUCUGGGUCCCCCACGUCAACGAUCGCGAGGACUUGAGCAACAUUCUUCAGUCAAGUCUGCUCACGCUGCCCGACGCUCUCCAUCAAGCGCAGUCGGAGCUCCAGAUCUGGGCAGGUGCCUUUGCUCAACAGGAGCAUCUGGAGGGCGCAGUGCGCUCCCAUCUCGAGCAAGCGAUUGCUGCCCUGCAUUCUCUGGGGCUGCCAACCCUGAUGCUUGACUUUGUGGACUGGUUCCGUUCGCAGCACAAUCGCUCUGUCGUUAGUUUGCGUGACUUGUUGUCGUGGGUUCGCUUUAUCAACACAAUGACCGUUCGCCACGUCGUGCAAUCCCUGAACGGCGCUUCUGCAAUGCUGACCGAAGCCAGCGAGCGCGCCGUUGCCUUCCAGUUCUUUGUGCACGGCGCGUCCAUGGUGUUUAUCGAUGCCAUCGGCACUGGCGCCAUUGCUACGCCAAACUCUUCUGCCGCCAAGGACGCUGCCGUUCGCUUCCUGCUGUCGCAAGCGCCUGCAAACCUCGGUCCGAGUGCCGCCCAAUCUGCUGCAACGCGCAUGAUUCUGAAUGUCGGCGAUGGCAACAGCAGCAGCCUGGUCGACGACGAGCCCGCGUCCCAGCAAGCACCUGCCGCCACCACGACGUUCGGCGUCGAUCCCUUCUACAUUCCGCUUGCCGGCGAGCCACAGAAGGCAAACUUUACCGUUCAUGCCGCCACCACCCGCCGCAACUUGAUUCGCGUGCUCCGAGCGCUGCAACUGUCGCGCCCAGUUUUGCUCGAAGGCAGUCCCGGCGUGGGCAAAACUAGUCUGAUUGUUGCGCUGGCCGCGCUUUCUGGCAAUGCCGUGGAGCGCAUCAACCUUUCCGAACAGACCGAUGUCAUGGACUUGUUUGGCUCGGACUUGCCCGUGGAAGAUGGCGCGGGCGGCGAGUUUGCGUGGCGCGAUGGCGUUUUUUUGCAAGCCAUGAAGCAGGGCAAAUGGGUGUUGCUGGACGAGCUCAAUCUUGCCUCGCAAGCUGUUCUCGAAGGUCUGAAUGCAUGCUUGGACCAUCGCGCAACCGUCUACAUUCCCGAGCUCGACCGCUCGUUUGCAUGCGCGCCGUCCUUCCGAGUCUUUGCCUGCCAAAACCCCCUGCAGCAAGGCGGUGGCCGCAAAGGAUUGCCCAAGUCCUUCCUCAAUCGAUUCACCCAAGUCUACGUCGAGCCUCUCACCGACGCCGAUCUCGAGUUUAUCGCUAUGCGUUUCCACGAGGCCAUCCCGUCGUCCGUGCUCAAGAAGAUGAUUGAGUUCAACUCGCGGUUGCACCACGAGACCAUGGUGGCGCGGUCCUUUGGCCGACUCGGCGCUCCCUGGGAGUUCAAUUUGCGCGAUGUCUUCCGUUGGUGCGAGCUGAUGCUUGCCCACCAGGCGGACGGAGCAUGGAAUCCGGCCGUCUUUUUCGACGUCAUGUACCUGCAGCGCUUCCGUUCUCAGGACGAUCGCGUGAAGGCUACCGAACUGUUUUGCGCCGUUUUUGCGCAGCCACUCGCUGCCUCUUCGUCUACGCUUGAUGCAACAACAGCCGAAUCCGAGGCAUCCGGCCAUCCAGUGGAUUGGGCAGCAAUCACGACCGCAGCUGCGAAUGCCCUGACGAUGAACCCGGAGCUGCAGCUCUGGCCAGACUCCAUCACUCUGGGCCACGUUGCACUUGAGCGCGUCUCCAUUGCCACGGACGAGGCAACGCCGACAACUGUUUCGGCGCUCGCGGCCGCCAACCACGCCGCUCGCCCAGUCGAUCGCACGCUCGAGCACUUCCCGCUCCCGUUGACCGGUUUUCUGCGACCACUGAGUGCACUGAUGACCUGUGUCAAGCAUGGAUGGAUGUCGAUCGUCUGUGGCGGGGCGUCUGUCGGCAAGUCCAGCUGCAUUCGAUGGCUCGCUGCUGCCACGGGUCACCCGCUGCACCAGUUCUCCAUGAACUCGUCCGUCGAUACCAUGGAGCUCCUCGGUGGGUUUGAGCAAGUCGACAUUGCGCCCCAGCGUCAACAUCUGGUUGAUGCCAUUGCCCAAACCGUCCAGGUGGCCAUGCAGCGACUCGUGCUCUUCCAAGCUUCCGUCCCAGAGACGGAUGUGGUGGGCCUCGAGGCCCUUGCCUCCACGCUUCAACGCAUCUCUGGCGCCUGGGACAGCUGCAUCACUCGUUUGGCUGCGCUCCGGGCUCAACAGCAGCAAGCCAACACUGCGAACGAGGCGGCAAACAGCAGCGCUCCAUCCGAGCCAUUGUACGAGGCGCUGUCCGCUUGUCUCAAUCUGAUCGAGGCCGCGAUGAUGGAAUUUGGCUGCGCACCCAUCCCUCUUGCAGAGGUCCGCCAGACACUCGCGACCGUGCGCACUCUGGAGCAAGCCAAUCUGAGUGGCCGAUUUGAGUGGAUUGAUGGUCUUCUUGUCCAAGCCCUGCGAAAUGGCCAUUGGGUUGUCAUUGACAAUGUCAACUUUUGCAAUCCGUCCGUUCUCGAUCGCCUCAACCCGCUCCUCGAAACGAACGGCGUGCUCGUCGUUUCCGAACGCGGCUGCAACGACAACAAUGACGCCGGCGCAGAGGUCAUCCGUCCCCACCCCAAUUUCCGUCUCUUCCUCACCAUGGACCCCAAGCACGGCGAGAUUUCUCGUGCCAUGCGCAACCGAGGUGUGGAAAUUGUGCUGCUGGACGAGGCCCUGUCCUCUGCCGACGCCGCUGCCAUGAUGGCUUCCGUCGGACUGCACUUGGGUGUCCAGCUGGAGGAGGCCUUGGUGUCGUUCCAUCGCGCGCUGCUGCACUUUGACCAACCCGCCAACGACCUGAACAAUGGCGGCGCAGGGUCUCUUCCUGCCUCCAAAGCGCUGGUCGAUACUCUGCGGGGCGCUGUUUCGCCCUUGGCUCUGCCCACUGUCGCACGUCGCGUGCACCACGCUUUGAGCAUUGGGUUGUCCGACGUCCGCGAGUUGCUGUCCGCUGUUGUCGACGACGUCUACGGGCGUGCUGUUGCCGCCAUUCCAGGGCAGCUUGCGCGCUACCGGCAGCUCAAGCAACGUCUGCUUGGCGGCUCGGGACUUGUUGGAGCGAGCGUCUGCUCUGGGCUUUCUGCCACGACAUUGUCGCCAACCAUGUCUGGUCAAGGCCGGUUGGCCCACUCUUCCUUGACUGGAGCGGCCGUGGACGGUGCUCAUGCCUUUGUCGACUUGCACCGUCGCUUGGCGGCGCUUUUGCUCUUGGCCAUUCAGUCCUCGACCAAGCCACUCGAUCAGACCAUCCGUCAAAUCCACGCACUGCUGCAUACGUUUACUCCAGCUCAGCGGACGCGAGUGCUCUCUUUGCUGCCCUCCGAGCGAAUGACCAUGAAUCAAGCUGCCGCCAGCAUCGCCGCAGCGCUGUCAUCAGACGACGCGGAAUUCUUUGUCACAUUCCACGCUCGACUGCUCGCAUUGCUUGAAGGCAUCAGCCCGAGUGCCCGCCGCGCCCGGAUGCUUUGGCUCGGCGUGUUGCGCGAAACCAUUGAACUCGUGUCCAACGUCUGCUCGAUUCUACAGCUCUACCACGCACGGCUGGCUUCUUGGUGCGAACAAACAGUCGCAGCUAUCGACGCAGCUGUAGGCGCAGCUACGUUGGUUCUCAACCACCCCAUCUGCCAAGGAUUUUGGGCAUUCCGCGAUUCUCUCGCAGCGCAACUUGCUCCAUUGGUGGCCUCCACUGCAUGGGGUGGAAAUACAAUGCUUCUUUUGGCUGCGUCUCACGCCGCGCUUGUGCCCACACGCUCUCCGUCUGUUCCGUUGGCUAUUGCUGCUCGUCGCAUGACGCGAAGCGAUCUUCCUGCCGAGCAGCCGUCCGAGGCCGACAAGCAAGCCGUGUUGUUUGAUGAAGCUUGCCGUCAACUGCUGCAAGUAUACUUGCGCUAUUGCUGGGAUGCCACUGUGGACAAGCAUCGUACAUCGUCCACCGUCGCUUCCAGCAACGAUGGGUUUGACGGCAUCAGCCUGCUCGAGCAGUCACGCCGACUUUUGCAAGGCUAUGAUGCUGGCCAGGGUCGUUAUACUGGCGCUGUAACAUACACGGCGCUGCAACUCGUGGCACCGUUUUUGGACACUGUUGAGCAGUAUCUCACCGAAAUGUUCCAGUCUUUCGGCACUGCUCUCGCUGUUGGUCAGACGUCACUUCCGGCGCAAGCACUCCUCGACCUGCGUCAAGUUGCUGGACUGCUCGAGUCGCGUCUCCGCCCCUGCAUGUACCAUCUUCGACGCUCGUUGUCGCAGUUCCCGCACCCCGACAUUUCGACGCUCUUGCUGGAGUGGCGUUGGCUGCAAAAGUGCUUGCGACAGCUGAUUCAAUUCCCACUGCACGAAAGUCUGCAAUCCUUCCGCGAGUCAGCGCAGACUGAAGCCAAGUUACAACUGCUCCUGGACAAGCUGGGCGCUGCAUUGCAGCUCUCUGACACGCAGUCUCCCAUUUCAGCACUCUGGAAGCGUGGCGGUCAUCCUGCGGCAUUCCGUUCCAAGCGCGCAGCACACGUGUCCGCGGAGGUUGGACGGCUUUCCAGCGAACUUGCUGUGCCACUAGUGUCUUCCCACGACAGCUUGGUCACUGGCUCGCAAAAGUCCCUUCGAAGCAGCCACGGCUCCUCGGCGUUGCUGGAAGCGUCAGAGUCUUUCUCACGACUGGUGGAGGUUUCUGGGUGGGUCGGCGACCUCUCGGCUCUGCAAGUGACUCCACUUGCUGCUGGCGCCGAGCAGCGCAGCAUGCUGGCUGAAGCGGGUGCGACUGUCGCACACGUCAGCGCCAUGUACCAAGCCAACGACCAUUCGCGCAGCGAGCUCUUGCUUGCAUCGGUGGAGCGCUUGGUUGCCAACGUCCAAGCGCAGCAAAAGGGUCGGUCUGCGGUUGCUGCUGCUGUGUCGAACGUCGAAUCGUCGGGCAUGGCGAUGGAGUCAUCCGCCGAAGACGAGCAGGCAGACUCGGCGGCAGUGUCUGACGAAGACCAUCAACGACUGCUCCGAGACUUGGUCGCCAAAGUGGAUCUUUGGCCGCUUUGUGACCAUCGUGCCUUGGUGCUCGAGCAACAGGCAAUCCAAGCUGCCCAGGUCGCGUCCGUCAUGUGCCGUGCAACCAACAUCGACAUGGACUUGGUCGAGCACAAGUGCCGACAUUCGCUGGAACUGCUGGAAAAGUUUAAAGACUACUCUCUGCGAAUGACUCCUCGUGCUCCAGCCGACGUUGCCACCGUUCAAGUGCUGUUGUGGCAAAAUGCGACUCUAGCAGCAAUCCCGAAUCCGUCCAAGCCCCGUUCUCACGACCAGCGUCGAGCUCUGCUGGAUGCCUUUGCCAGUUCGUUUGAAGCGGCGCGGGAUGCGCUGCUCGUGUCGCACCAUGCUCGUCUCGUGGCCAACACAAGCAACGAUCUGUCGUUUAUUGACUUCAGAUCCAUUGUCGAGCAAUUGGGUGCCGAGACUUCUGCGCUGCAACAGGGCAACCAAGCGACGCUUCCUUUUGCGACUCGGGUUGAGAACGUGGCCAAACUUUCAACUGCCUGCUUGGCAUCCAGCGGCAGCCCGCGUCUGCACCAGUCUUUGCAAACCGCUCACGUGGCUCCCAUGCUCCAAAGCUUGCAUGGUGUCGCGUUGCAGAGCGCGCCGAGCAAAAUCGAUCAACUCCGUCAACUCGAGCGUCACCUGGCUUCGGACGCUGACGUCCGUGUUGACCACUUGCUGCCGGAGACCUUGUCGCUUUGCGCCCUCUUGUGCAACACACUUGCUCCUUACAGUGUGGCCAGCGCGGAGCCAGCGCAUGUCGCGUCGGCUCUGCUGCUAUUGCAACAGAUCACGCUCGAUACGUCGACUGCGCCAGAUGUUCUCCGUGCUGUGAUUGAGCAGCUUACGCUUGCGCAACUCCCAGUCUCCGUGUCAGAGCACUUUGAGUCACUUUUGCUGCCGUUGGCCCACGCACUUUCCAACGCGCUCCAGUCUGCGCCGGCCACUUUGCCAAGCGACAACCAACACCACCAGACGCUUCACGAAGUGUCCAAUGCAAAAGCAUCGCUCUUGCUCGGCUCGCUUCGGUUGGCGUUACUUGUGCCGCGUGCCCCGGUCGAUCCUGCCGUCAAAGCCGCCGUCAAGCUCGAGCAUUCCCGGCUUGACAUGGCUCUUCUGACUGUUGAGCGACAAGUUCAUUCCGAUCUGGAGCUCUUGCGCACUGGCAACUCGUCUUCGCCGCGCAUUUCCGACCUGACCAGCCAGGUUGAGCUUGAGGUGCGGCGUUCCGACGAGCUGUCCCAGAAUGUAGUGUUGCGCCCCGAGGUGCCGGGAUUUGCCAGCCUCGUCGCCGAGUGGCAGCAGUUUGCCUCUACCAUGCUUGAGGGUGCUCGCGUGCACGCCAUGGUUGGCGGAUUCGAGCAGCUGGCAACCGCUGCUGCCACCGCUGGCGGUGCUUCUCACCACGACAAGAAGCUGCUCGUCGGUCGGUUGCAGCAACUCCAGAGCCAGGAAAUUGCGUGGCAGAGCAACUGCACUAGCUUUGUUUCACGUUCGCGUGAGCGCUACCCCUUGUACAGCGACGUGGUUUUGCCCAUGUGUGCUGCAGUGUUUCUUGUGACGGACGGCGUUCGUCGUCUCGCGCAUGUCGCUGCGACAGCGAUUGCCAACGUCGAGAUCGAAACGCAGCUCGUCCGAGCGUGGUCUGCAUUCCCGCCUCAGGCGCUCGCCAUCGCGCUCCCAUCCGAGCUCGAUCCUGCCACGGACGACGCCACUGCUCCGCACUCGAUCCUUCUGCAUGAGGCGCGCCACACUGUCCGUCGUUGCAUUGCCUUGCACCAUUUGCACAGCGCGAAACCAGAGUACCAGCAGCUGCGUCUCGCAGCGCUCUCGGUCGGCUUGGCGCAUCUCGUGGUUCACACUGAAAGCGCCCGAGCUGUGGACCCCCAAACCCUUGCAUUCCUGCACGAGCUCGUGGACGAACAUUCGCGUGCGUGGCGCGUUCACCGUGACGCUGCCAAAGAGCUUGCCAAGGUCGAGUCGAGUCUUUACCGCUUUGCCAGCAUUGUGAUUGGCGACGGCGCAAAGCGCAUGGACGAGGAAGAGCGCGAGCGCGAGUUCCGUGCACUCUUCCCCGAUUUCGGCUCGGACUUUGCCCACAUGGUCGACUCGGAUGAGUUUGCUCCCAUCGAACCGUCCGUCCCCGUUGUCCAAAACAACCCAGCCCAGCCGACCAAAGCGCCCUCCGCCGAGGCGAUUCGCGUUGCACAGCUCGAACGCGACGUCUUGCCGCCUGCAGCCCUGCUCGCCGUGGCGCGAUGCCACCGAGAGCUGUUUGAAGCCUGCACCCCGCACUCGCUGCUCAACGUGGAAAGCGACAUGGUGGCUCCUGUCCAUGCUCGCCACGAUGCCAGCCGCAUUCGUCUGUUCGAGGAGCGCUAUCGCUCGUUGAGUCACGUCAUGCAAAUGCUGUCUCAUCAACAAAACGACGGAGGUCGCACCGAUGCGGAUGCCUCGUCAGCGCACGUCCUCGCCAGUGCCAUCAUGCGAUUGCAGCUCUCCAACUCUUCCGACCAAGCUCUGAUGCGUGGUCUUUCUCCGUUGGAUGCAGCCAGCUCUGGCGAGUACAUGUCGGACGAUCUUUUGCGCGAGCUGGUCGCUGACUUUUCAAGCACCGAUGUGCACAAGAAGGCGCGUGGCGGUUGGACCAAGCGUGCAGCCGCCGCUUCUGACGUGUUUGCGUCGGCCACCUACGACAUUUAUCGCGACCCCAAUGUGAUUGAGGUUCAACAUGCGAUCGAGGUGCUCAACGCCUUCAUCAAGCGCACCACUGACUUGCUUCGCAUGUGGCCCGAUCAUCCCAUUUUGCAGCACCUGCUGGCUGUGGCCACUCGUGUCCUGUCCUUCCCAAUCACCUCGCCCUUGAUGCGAAUCUUGAAUGGUCUUGAAAUUCUCUUCACCAAAGCGCACGAGUGGGAGAAGGUCGCUGCCAGGCACGUCUCGCUCUCCUCGCAGAUUGAUCGGCUGACGCAGCUCAUUCUGCGUUGGCGCCAGUUGGAACUCAAAGCGUGGCCUCUCGCGCUGCGUGCAAAGGAGCGCGACGUUCAAAACAAGGUUCUUGGCGCGUUCUGGUUGCAUCUGUACGCAUUGGUCGCGACUAUCGCAUCGGCUUCGUCCACAUCGUUGCCACAAACGACCGUCCCUGCGGACUCUGAGUCCAAAGCCGAUGAAGACGACGACGACGACCAUGACAAUGAUGACAGCGCUGACAAGGCCUCUGCUCCGAUCGACGGAUUUGCGCUUGUGCGUCAAGCGCAGACGACUCUGCAGGACUUGAUCAAGGCUUCCUGCCUGGGUGACUUUGCCGUCCGUGUGCGCAUGCUCCACGCCUUCUACUGUCACGUGUCCACCAUGUGCAGCAUGACCUUUGGCGCUGCGGACAAGCAACGCACACCGCUGCAUGCGCUGCGCGACGCGCUCUUGCAAUCGUUCUUGGUUUACGUUCAGUUUGUGCCCUCGGUGGUGGAUGAGCUCGACAAGUUGCGCCGUCCUGUCGUCGAAGAGCUUGACAACUUUACCAAGAUUGCUCGUUGGAAGGAUGUCAACUACUGGGCAGUCAAGGAGAGUGCCGAAAAGUCUCACCGAGCCCUGCACAAAUUCAGCAAGCGAUAUCAGGAUGCACUGACGACUCCCGCAGCGUCCAUCUUGCAGGCAGGCCUCUCCAGUCUCUCCGCCGCUCGCGAAAUCACUGACGCAGCCAACGUGGUUGGUGCGCACAUCAGCAAGGUUGCACGUAAAUUGGCCGCCAAACGCACUCGCGGUGCUGCUGGCCAUGCUGCUGCUGCGGCAGGUGAUCAGUCACUGAUUGCGAAUGAGCUCGAGAGCUGGGUGCCGCAACAGCUCAAGACGCGGUUUGCCGAGGCGGUCGCGCCCGUGACUGCUCGCAUCCAUGCCCUCGAGGCACGUGCGGCGCUUCAAUCGACGUCGGACGACGUGAUGAUGGUUGUCGUCGACCAAGCUGGCGAUGCCGGAACGAACACCAGUGGCAACACUGAUGGAAAUCUGCUUGCCCGCAUCCCCGCAUUGAGCGCACGACUCUCCAAGAUUGCCUCGCGUGAUAUUUUCGAGAUUGUUAGCAGAACAGCGACCCGGUCUCCGGGCUCGGUCAUUGAGCAUAUUGUCGCCGUGGACGAGUUUGCUGUGGAGAUUAUCGCGCGUGCCAAAGAGUUCCGCGAGUGGGUCUAUGUCCCGCCGCCGAUUACCGACAAAGAGCGCAUCAAAGAGCUCGAGUCGAAGGCUGUGAAACACCAGCGGCAGCUCAAGGGCAAGGCACUCGCCGCGCUGCUGCGCCAUCUCCGCCUCGUUGGUCUGUCCGCCCGUGGCGCCAUGAACGCCGCGACGGCAGAUACAAGCCUGGAAUCGCUCAUGGCUGCCCCUGCGUUUGCCCAAGUCGCCAUGACCACUUUGGCCUCUGGUGAUGGCGCCGUUGCCACUGUUGGCGCAAAUGCCGGCCUCUACAGCAUGCUGCGUCGCAGCGACGAGUACUUUGCGCUGCUGGUGGUGCGUGCCGAUGUUCUCCGUCAGGCCUUGCUCAAGCCGGAGGCCCGCGACAUUCCGAUGGAUGCCCUGCAGCGCUCGAGCGGUUUUGUUGAGCACUUGCUCUCGGUGAUUGCGAGCGACAAACGCAUGCUCACUCGUGUCUGGUCGGAGCGAAGCGCGCUCCACGAUCUGCUGCACAUGUUUGCCUCCUGUGCCGUCUUCCAACCAGCUGAAGCCGCUGACAAUGCUGCACCGCUCGCGUUGGACGUGCAGCGCUCUGAUCGCCACGAUGCGCUUGUGCUCAUGUCUCUCCUGGCAGCCGCGGGCAACAUGCUCAAUCAGGUUGACAACGUACAGCUGCUGCUGCGAUUUGCGCUGCCAACGUCGCUGGCGCGCUCGCCCAGUGAGAUGCAAGAAAUUCAGGCUGCGCUUGCAAGCGUUCGCCAGAUUCUCGUGUCCACGCUCACGACUCUGCGCUCGUGCUUGUCUGCGUUUGAGCCACUGCGACAAGCCGCGAUUGCAGGAGCCUCGUAUCGCCAGGUUCUCUUGCAGCUGCCGCUGCCUGGCACGGUCUCUGCGGCAGUUCUCACCGGCAAGAGCUUGGUGAGCGCGAUUCCUGCGCUGGUCUCCCGCUUGCAACACCUGCUCGUCCCCACACAAAUUGGCCAGACGCUGGAAAACGCAUGCCAGUCUCUCGUUCAAGCUGUCACUGCUGCAACGACCACCCAGCUGCCGGCACUUGCUCCAGCUUCCCACUCUGACCUCGAAGCGCAGAUGGACGAGCUGGCCCGACACGCCUUGGUUGCAACUCAACGCAUCAAGACAAGUGUGGAUGCCUUGCACCAACACGCUCGCACUGCGCAGGCCGAGUCUGCAUCCUCGUCAACUCAAGCUGCAGCAGCGCCAGACGCGGAAGCCUCUUCCACCACCACCCACUAUGCGGACGAAGAGGGCGAGGACGACCACGACAGCCCGGCCGAGCUGGAGCCUGGCCACUUGAUGCACGCCAGCCACCACUUCCGGGAAGCACUGGAAGGUGUGGAUCUUGCUCUUUUGACGACGCGCCUGGUUCGUGUGGCGUCCCUGGUCGCCAGCGCUUCUAGUGCAGCAACUGCUGAAAACGAGCAUGCCAUGCUCGAGGCUCGCUUCUUGCAGGUGGUUCUUCUCGUGUCUCAGCUUGUUGGCGUCAUGGAUGGCGUGCUUACCCAAGCCGUUGUCUUCCACAAGUCUCUGUGCAAACUGGAGCACGUUCUGGUCAACCUGACGCUCGAUCUCACCACAAAGGGUUUCUGCACUCCAGCAGACAACUCCAAGGAGGGUGGCGAAGGCGAAGGCGACGGCGACCCUGCCAGCGGUAGCAAGUUCCUUGCUGACGGCACUGGCAUCGGUGAAGGCGAAGGCCAGAAUGAUGUCAGCGAUCAGAUCGAAUCCGAAGAUCAAGUGCUCGGAACCAAGCAGGAUGACAAGCGCGACGCGUCCAAGGAGCCUCUCGACAAGAAGGAAAAGGACACUGGCCUUGAAAUGGAUGAUGACUUUGAUGCCGAGCUGUACGACAUGCCCGAAGGCGACAACGACGAGCAGCAGGACGACGACGGCGAGCAAGACGAGCAGGACGACACUGACAAGCUUGACGAGCAGAUGGGCGAUCUCGACCAGAGCAAGGCUGACGUUGUUGACGAGAAAAUGUGGGGCGAAGACUCUGAUGACGAGGACAACGACCCAACCGGCGGCAAGGAUGACAAAGUUGAGCGAGGCGCUUCGAUGCAGGACGGCAACCAGGAAUCCGAGCUGGCCGCCAAGUCUGAUCCGAGCAGCUCAAGCAAGCCCGACAAGAAGGAUCAGCAGCAAAAGUCGCAAAAGGAGGACAAGAAAUCCCAGGCCGACAAGAAGCAGCCCCAACAGCCAUCGGGCGAGGACGAAGAGGACCAAGCCGGCGAGGACCAUCCGAUCAACGAGGAUACCGAGGACCGAUACGAGGAAAACCACGGCAUUCAGGUUGAGAAGCAGUCCAAGUUUAUGGAGGACGAAGACGCUGGCGCCCCUGAAGAAGGCUCUGAAGAUGGCGAAGACGGCUCCGAGGAGGAGGAGGAGGACGGCGACGACCAUGACGACGAGCGCGAUGCCGACCCCGACGCUGCCAAGCGCCUCCAAGAGCAACAGUACGGCACCGAAGAUGGCCAGGAAGAAGGCGAAGGUGGCGAAGGCCAAGGCGAAGGCGCCGACCAAGAAGAAGAAGGCGACGAGCUGCCUGAAAACAUGAACUUGGACGGCGACGACGAGGAUGGCGGCGGCGGCGGCGAAGAGCCCAUGCCCACUGGCGGGUUGGACGAUGACCAGCCAGACGAAGGCGCCGACGGCGAGAAUCCAGCCGACGCUGAUGCGCAAAAGCAAACGACAGGCGAAGAUGCAACCGACGAGCAGGAGCCUGCUGGCGACGACGAGGGCGAGCGCACGCAUCAAGACGACCUUGGCGAUGCUGACGAGUUUGCCGAUGCCCCACAAGAGCAAGACCAGGCCACUGACAUGGACGUCGACGAGCCGCAGAGCAAUGCGAGCGCCGAUCGUUCGUUCAACAACCGGAACUCUUCGGAUCAGGGAUCGACUGCGACGAGCUCCAUGACGCAACCCGAUGCCAACCAUGGCAACGACCAGCGCAACCAGCAAAAGCAGCAAAAGCAGCAACGCGGCACGCGUUCGUCCCAGCCCUCUGCCACGCAGUCCAAGUCGGCUGGUGGAUCGGACGACAAGCGUGGCGAGGAUGCCGAGCAGGAAGAGGAAGACCCGUCUGCCUCGACCAGCAAGAAGCAACCGCAGUCCGAGUCUUCCGAUAUGGCCCAAGACGAUGUCGAGGAAGACGGGCAACAGCCAGAAAAAAGCAGCUCCUCCUCCAGUGCUCAACAAGACGCUUCGGCUGAUGGCGAGUGGCAACGCCAUCAGGCAGAGCAGACCCGCCAGCAGCAGCAGUACAAGAAGCGCAACGAGGUCAAUCCCAACCGUCAGCUCGGCGACUUGCUCAAGGCCUGGAAAGACCGUCUCAAGCUGCUCAAGCAGCAGGAUGCUGAUGUUGACGAUGCAGCUGCCGAUUCCAUGGAUCUUCAUGACGACGAUGCCGAGACCGAGGCCGAGGACCAGACCGCUGGAGACGAUGGCGAGCCCGACGACAGCGAUGCCCAACUUGCUGGCGAAGCGUACGAGUUUGUUGGCAAGAACGAGCGAGCUUCGAGCCGCGACAUGCAAGCGCUUGCUGCCGCCACCGAGUCCCAGCAAUCGGCUGCUCAACCUGAUGCCCGUGACUUGUCGGACGACGACGACGACGACAACAUCAAGUCUGAGAACGAGCUCAAGGACGACGCCAACCAGCCCGAGCCGAUGGACGUGGAUGACGACCCCGCGGCAUCACCAACCUCCGCCGCUCAGGAUUCGACGAGCGCAAGCAAGCCCGAGCGCUCCGCCAAGCCGAGUCAAAAGCAGCGCCAGCAGCAACGCGGCCAAGGCGCCAACCCACAGCUCGAUGAAGCCAAGCCCGGUACUGCUGCUGAAAACGACGACGGCGAGGGCGCCGUCGAAGACGAGCGCGGCUGGGGCGAGGUCGUUACUGCUCCGGACCAACAGGACGCCGAUGACGAGGGCGACGAUCUGGAGGCGCAACUCUUUACGGAUCAGCCCGUGGUCGACCCCGAGCAGAUUGCUGAGAUGCGCGCGGCGCUGGAGGACGAAUUGAUGCGCUGGCGCAACGAUCCCGAGCUCGCGCAGCGCGGCCAAGAGUUUUGGCAGCGCCUCGAGUCGCUCACUGCACCCUUGUCGCAGGAACUCUGCGAGCAGUUGCGCCUGGUCAUGGCCCCAAGCUUGGCCACCAAGCUCAAGGGCGACUACCGCACCGGCAAGCGGCUCAACAUGAAGAAGAUUAUUCCCUACAUUGCCAGUCAGUUCAAGAAGGACAAGAUUUGGCUCCGUCGCACCAAGCCCAGCAAGCGCGAGUACCAAGUCUUGCUCUCGAUCGACGACUCCAAGUCGAUGGACGACAAGCACUCUGCAGAGAUGGCCUUCGAGGCACUUGCAGUCAUUUCCAAGGCGCUCACCAAGCUUGAAAUCGGCGAACUGGGCGUGCUCAAGUUUAGCGACAAGGUCACGCUCCUGCACCCGUUCGACGCACCGUUCACAGACACUGCUGGCGCGGACAUUAUCCACCAGUUUACGUUCAAGGGUGAGGGUUCCAACUUCCGCCGUUUGAUGGAGACCUCCGUCGAGCUGCUCGCGCAGGCCAAGCGCUCCACCAGCAUGGGAGGCUCUUCUGGCUCUGCCGUCGAGUGCAAUCAGCUGCAGUUUAUCAUUUCCGACGGUGUCUUGUCGCAAGACAAGCAGCUGGUUCGCAAACUGGUGCGACAGGCAGCCGAAGCCAACAUUUUGCUCGUGUUUAUCAUCAUGGAUGCCAAUGCCAACCAGGACCACUCCAUUUUGAUGCGCGAAACGCCAGAGUUCCAAGUUGGCGGAGGUGUCCGCAUGGUCUCGUACAUGGACUCGUUCCCCUUCCCGUAUUACGUGGCUCUUCGCGACAUUAAUGCGCUUCCCACCAUUUUGUCUGAUGCCCUUCGACAAUGGUUUGAGUUGAUCAACAUGCGGAACAGUUCUUGAGAAUGUCUGCCCUUAUUUUGAAUCUUGUACUUUUAUUGAUGUUUGUAUUUUCGUGUUGUUUUGUUGUUGUUUGUUUGUUGUUGUACUUUUACCUGUGAUGUCUUGAAAUCCCAUGUUUUCAUUUGUUUGUUUGUGUUUUUUUGUUUGUUCGUGUAUAUCAAUGCAGUAUUAGCACACUGA